AUGGCUCGUAGAUGGAGAAAAGCUGCUUUGAAGGUCAAGAAUAGCCAAUCUGAGGUCAAAGGGCCUCAUCAGCGCUACUUUAAUAUGUUGACAUACAAGUUACAUGCACUGGGAGACUAUGUCAAGGCAAUUUAUAUGUUUGGAACCACAGAUAACUUCUCAACCCAAGUUGUUCAUGACCAAUUGUCUUACGUUUGGAAUGAACCAUUACCUUCCUGUGCCCCAGAAGAUCACCAUCAAAUGUCAAAAUCAUAUCGCCAGUUUCGGGAUAUACCAGAACGGCUACAUAGAAACAAAGGAGAUGUGGCUGUCAAGGACUUUCUUCCAAAGCUAAAGGAUCACAUUCUUGCACAUCUGCUAAGCUAUGACUCAAUGGAGCCUCCGGCUUUCUCAGACAAAGAGAGAAACUCGAUAAUGAUAGAUAGGAAUAGGCUCUAUAGGCACAAGAUUAUCCGAGUUAACUACACUACCUACAAUCUGCGCAGAGCUCGAAACUCACUCAAUCCACGCACUCAUGCUGAUGUGAUGGUAUUAGCAAACGGGGAACAAGAAGAUGGUGGUUUAAUCCCUCACCCUUACUGGUAUGCUCAGAUAGUGGAGAUAUUUCAUAUCCUUGUCACGCAUGCUGGUGGAGACUCUCAUAACCACAACUCCGAGCCCCAGAGGAUCAAGUUCCUGUGGGUGCGCUGGCUUGCUCGGGACAACAAUCAUGUGUCAGGUUGGAAGGCUCAUCAUCCUCACCGUGUGGGCUUUCUGAACACCAACACGGCAGACAACGCAUUUGGUUUCCUGGACCUCUCUCAAAUUAUCCGAGGGGUGUCACGAUUCAAACGGGGUCUUAUCUAA